AUGGCGGAAGACUCGAAACCUGUAGAGGACAAGGACUCGCUCAUACAGAAGCUCCAGCAGAACAAGCCCCCCGCCACAGAUACCGCCACGUACCUCACACUCCUCGAGAUGUCUCUCACUCAGCAGCCGUCCAUCCUGCCAGAAGUCCACGAUAUCCUCAAGUCGGAUGUCGAACUUACGUCCGAGAUUGGUUGGGACCUUGUGGAGAUGCUCAUUAGGCUCGAGGACAGCCAAGAGUGUCUGGAUACGGUGGCGCGCCUAGGAAAUCCGCGUGAAGUGAUCCUCAAGGUCCUCGAGGCGCUGGACAAGAUUAGCGAGGACGAAGACGCAGAGAAGAAGACGAAGCAGUUUGUCACGCUGUGUGGUAUGCUCUCCGUUCUGCACAAGCGCCUUAAAGUCAAAGCCCCCUCGCGCUUUGUCCAGACGACGCUUGACACCGUUCGCAGAGCAUAUGCCGCCGGGUCCCCUGAAGCAACGGCUGCUGUUAUAUCUCUAGUUCGUUCGCUGUCGGGCCAGAAGCGCCCACCUCUGCCCACACGCAAAUCAAGCGCCGUCAUUGCCACGCUGCCAACCAAGUCAGCGGCCACCGAGUCGGCACCAGAUCCUGAAGCAGACACAGCCGACGUCAGCGACCAAGAAGUUGUCCAGCGCCUGCUGCGUGCCUUUAUUACCUGCUGUAUUGAUGCCUAUGUCAAUUCCAACGAGCUCGAGUGGGCAAGCAGACUCCUCGAGUACACGUACCCAGAAAAGAUUGUGCCUGGGCGGCCCACGAUGAUGCGCGCGUACAACGAGGUCGAGGAGCUCAAGGAGCGCGACGACCUCAUCGGCCAGCUCGCUGGCCUCGCCGAUGAUCUCGGCCUUGCCAAACUCUCCAAGGACCAAGUAACAACCACACUCACAGGCCCCGUCAACACCAAUCCGCUAGAAGACUCGGCGAUUGACGCCCUCUCGACUGGUGGCUACGUCUCUCUUCUCGCGUACUGGAUGUUCUCGAGUGACGUCUUUGACGCCCACCACCUUCUCCCCAACCUCGCCCUGUUCCCUUCUCACCACACCCUGCUCACCACCCUCCUCGCCGACCCCCAGACCUUCAUCACCUCGUCCAGCGGCACUGUCGAGGCCCUCGUUGUUAUUGCGCUCUGGCUACACACCCACGGCAAGAUUGUCACAGCCACUGACGUCCAGCCCGACUUCAUGGCCUACCACCACCUACUGACCCUCAUCGCCGUCUUCCACGCCAACAUCCGCGUACGCAACGCGGCCACCACACUCGCCGGCCACGUGCUCCAUUCAGCCCCCGAGGACGACCGCCUCUCGAUCCUCGAAGACCUCAUUGAAAACUGCAUGUUCUCCACGCUACAAGCCUGCGCUGUGACGUGGCUCAAGGACGAGAUUGUCGCUGCUACCCCCGACUCGCGCUUCGCCUCGCCAGACUGCCUCGAGAGUCUGCAGUACACGCUGUUCCCGGACCUGACGGCGCUCCCAGAAAACGAGCCCGCCGAGCUCUUGUCUUUCUGGGCAGAGGGAUCUCCGUAUCAUCUGCAAGUUGCCAACUUUGCCGUUUUCUUGCUCUCGUCAGAGAAGCACAAGGACCUCGUGCCUGCUGGCAUGCCUGCUGCCAUUGAGCACCGCUACGUAGAGCCGCUGCUGGCUGCAAGUGAGAAGCUGCAAAAAGCACUCAAGGACGAUGGGGAAGAGGGCGAGAUGGUGGCUCGACUCGAGUUUCUGCGCGAUGCUCUGCGCAGGAUCCCUCUGCAGUAA